CGAAAAUACACACACUCUUGUUAGCGAAGAACCACGCACUUUUCCCCUGUCGGCGCACGAGAUUCACUGACAACUGACAAGCAUUAUUUACCUUCGCAACGGUACGUAUGUAGCCUAUGCACUCUCAAUCGCCUGCUACAACGACGGCUAAUUUAUUUUGUGGAUUAUUAACUACUUCUGAUUAAAUUACCUGUGGCUGAUGGAGACUUAGAUGGGUCAUCGAUUACCAUUCAUCAAUAAUUGACUUGCAGCUUUAAGUGUUAAUGUGCCUUUUGAGGAGACCUGUGUUUGGUCGUUAACUGAUGAAUUUGUGAUGGAAACAAUAGUGGAGAAAAUAUUGCAGUAUGGUGUCAAGUUGAGUAAGGUCUGAAAUACCAUCUGUCCUCGCCCCCACUAAUCAAGAUGCUGCGGCGCAUGAAGAAUGCCGUCGUGAGCAGGUUCCAGGGGACCAGGGUGGAUCCCGACGCAGAAUGGCGGAAGCAGAAUGCAGCUGCAGACGAGAACGAGAUGUACCAGUUGAUGUAUUUCAAUGAGAGAGGCAAGCUAGUAGAGGAGUACAGACAUGUUCUAGCCGGCCACAAAACUUUGGAAGAUUUUAGAUGUUACAUCAGAGAGAACGUUGGCAAGAUGCUGUAUAACGAGGGCAAGGGGAAGACAAUUACUCAGCUUGAAUAUGCAAGGUACAAGCUCAUCAUGUUUGAUGGUAAAAAGCCUGAAACACCAGACAACGAGCUGAUGAGCAUAUUUGAAGAUGGUCAGGUCUUGGCGAUUAAUAAGUUCAAAGAGCAUGAGGCUUGCUUUGAUCUUAAUAAACGUGGAGCGAUCGGAGAGACCAUCCUGCACAUGUGUUUCCUCAACGACACUCGGAUGCAUCGGGAGAUUGCUUCACAUUUGCUUUCGGUCUAUCCCAAGCUGGCUCUAGAUGUCUACGAAGGCAGCGACUUCUUCGGUGAGAGUGCAUUACACAUGGCCAUUGUCAACAAAGACUUCAGAUCGGUUCAGCUCCUGGUCGGUCGAUAUAAGGCUCGUCUGGACCAGAGGGCAACAGGACGCUUCUUCCGCCCUGACGACCUCAAGGAACGCAAGUAUGUCAGCCACAAGAAGUCCUUCUAUGAGGGCACAGCCUACCUGGGGGAGUACCCUCUUGCAUUUUGCGCCAGUACAGGUGCCAUGGAGAUGUAUGAUUACUUCAUCGAUCAAUCUCUGAGGAGAAAGCCGGGAGAAGGAAGAUGUCAUCCAAAUGCUCAGGACUCGUUCGGGAACACCGUCGUCCAUAUGGCCAUCAUUCACAAUCAAACGCUCUUAUUCUACCAUGCCAUACACCAUAACAAGAUGCCUGCUUCCUAUACUAUACCCAACGAAGCUGGUCUCACCGCCCUGCAGCUCUCCUUCCAGCUGGGUCGGAAUGAACUCUUCUCCGCUCUCCUAGAACUUAGCAGUGAAACGCAGUGGACCUACGGCAAGAUCGCCUAUGUUGCCUAUCCUCUGUCCAUCCUUGAUUCCAUUGAUGAAAAGGGAAAUCUCAAUAGCUCAGCAGCCCUGAGUGUGAUAGUUCAGUACGAUACCAUCAAUCAUCUUAGAAUGUUGGAAGGACAGGUGAUUGAUGAACUGCUCAAGGUCAAGUGGAAUAUGUAUGUCAAGCAUCAGUUUGCCUUCAAGCUAUUCUGGGCAUUGAUUCAUCUUACCUGGCUUUUCAUCGCUGUCCAGCUCCGUCCAGCCGAAGGUCUUCUUGAAGGAAGGGAUUCCGUCUCUAAGUUCCGUUAUGUGUCUGAAGUGUGUGUGAUCGUCGGGUGUGUUGCAAAGACUGCCACAGAACUGACAGAGAUUAGAGCGAGAGGAUCGGUCACCGAGUACUUGAAAAGUUUGGCCGAUUUUCCGACCAAAGCUCUGUUUAUGAUUGCCGUCGUCCUUCUCUUCAUCUGCAUCCCUCUCCGUUUCAUGGGUCUGGAGUGGUAUGAAAAUAUCCUCAUCAUGUUCAUUGUGCCUCUAUCGUGGAGCUACCUCUUAUUCUUCUUCAGGGGUCACCCAAGCCUUGGUCCAAUGGUGGUAGUCUUCUUCAAGAUGUUAAAAGGAGACUUAUUGAGAUUCUCUCUUAUAUAUUUCAUUCUUCUCAUUGUGUUUGCUCAAGCUUUCUUUUUCCUCUUCAGGGACAGUGGUGCAAUGACCUCGUCUUUCAAAACCAUUUCAGAAACUUUUAUUUCAACAUUCAUCAUGACGAAUGGGGAAUUUAAUUGGCGUGAGCUCUAUGAAUGCCGCAUGCCAUGGCUGGCCAUCAUCAUGUUUGUCGUCUUUAUGUGGUUCAUCUCCGUGCUCAUGCUCAACAUGGUCAUCGCUAUGAUGGCCCGUACGUUUGACAUCAUCAAGGAAAGAUCCCGUAUGGAAUGGAAGAGACAGUGGGCCAUGAUUGUUUUGAACGUGGAAAGGUCUGUGCUGAGACCAAAGUUGGCCAAAGUACGAAAAGCCUACUCAUUUCCUCUUAAGAUCAAACACCGGGUUGGUAUCAUGGACAGUGCUGAGCCCGAAACAAGUGACAAUCACAGCCGCCCCUCUCUACAACGGAAAAGUACAAUACAAGAUGUCAAAGUCAAAAAGUUCAAGCGGGGAACUAGGCUAGUACACAUGAACAGUGUAGCACAGAGUGUGAUCAUGAAGGAAGUUGAUGCUUUCACGAUAACAAAAGUACUUCCACAUAGCAAGGCUGAAAGGAGAAGAAAAGCUAAGAAGAGAUGGAAGAACCUCAUAAGAAACGUGAUAGUUCAGCAAAGGUUUGGAGUUCAUGGGAGUCCUGGUAGAGCUUUCAUGCCAACCAGAAUCAAUCAUAAAAAUCCAGAGGUUCCUACCAUCAGUCGCGGAAUAAAAUUGCCUCCAAUCGGGGAGCAUGUGCCCUCGCAACUCUUAUGAUAACAAGCAAAUACAGUAAUAAACUGACAAAGACAGUAGACCUGUAGAUGACAAGUGUAUCAGAUGGAGGAUUGAGAUGUCAAGUCAAUGUGUACUUGCAUGUGAGCUAAACAAAUUAGAUCUGUUUUGUUAAAGACUUGUUUGUCUUUGGACCAGACUUAAGCCAGUGGAAACUAGCCUUUUCGCAAUUCUGCAUUCGAGAGAUGGCACCCCAAAUUAUUUGGAUUGCCCAUAAAAGCUGACAGAGGAUCGCAACUUUAGGGAUGUCUUCAAGGCCGGCCUGGAGACCACACUUUGGCUGCCAUGAUGGCCUCGGCCUUGUGACUCGGAAAUUCCAGCCUUGACUGCAUCCCAGGCAUUGGCACUCUCUGCAUUCUGGAAUACAUUUGACUCCUUGACUGAGCUCAAACCUCAUAAGUGUACAGGAAAGAGGUUUGCAAAACCACAGAGAGAGGUGGAGGACAGAAUCUUCAGUGGUACCUCAACAAUUUUAUGAAGUCAUGGGAUAGGUGUAUAGUGCACAAACUCAAUGCCUUGUAAAUUCUUGGAUGAGAAAGUCCCUCAUGGACAGAUUAAUGCUGGUUCUGAUGGAUUUGCCGUACCAUGUGCAUGUCCUGCAAUAUAUAGUACUGUGAGUCGUUGGAAACUCAUGAUUGCAGCUUCUAUGGAGUAUUUAUAUAAUGCACCUUUCAACAAACCACAACUUUGAGAAUUUAUAUACCUCUUUAUAUUCAUCGCACGAAUAUUCACAUGUGGGGAUAUUUUACCUGAUUGCUAAGAAAGCAUGAAGGUUUGUGAGCAAGCAACCAGAGGACUGAAGGCUUAAGGUCCUCUCUGAGGGACCUGGUAGUGAGGAAAAAAGCAGUACCAGAAGAGCCCUUGGGUAUGCAACAAGCAGGAAUCAAAGCUAGGUCACGGGAUCUUGUGAAACCACCCCUCUAUCAAUUGAGCUCUCAUGUCCCCUCAAUGUGUGUGAUCACUAAUAUGCAUUUGUUGCAUGACUGAACUAGUCUACUUCAUGUAUAAGUUCAGAAAGUAAAAUUGAAUACAUAAACUGUCUGAAAAUUCUACGUCUGGGUCUUGUUUCAUUACACUUGUUUACAAAUCAAAUGUAUGGAAAUCCUGCAAUUUUGUUGGCUGUGAGCAAAUUUUCUAUCAAAAUAUAUUUUGUGAAACAUGACCUAGGUUAACAUCUCAGGAUAUUUAUUCAUUUACAAUAAAUCCUCUGGGACUGGAUUUAUUCAAGGCCUAGUGUACUUAUUUACCAGUGUUUUUAAGUGACGUAGACCUGACACAGUACAACUAUAUUGAUAAGAAUCCAGCUGGGUGUUUCAUGAAGCUGUUUGUAAAGUCAUGCACGACUUUUACAACUUACUCGAACAUACGUCCUCGGUUGGUAAGUCAGCUAUAUUGGAAUAUAUAAUUAAGCACAAGAAAGAGUCACCAGUCGUGCGUAAAGUUAAGCUUAAUGUAUGAGCAGCUUUAUGAAACACGCACCUGUUAAUACAUGAUUUGCAUUAUUAAAAAUUCAUAAAUAUUCGCAUAAUUGGCAAGUGUUUAUAUUUUUUAAUAGUUGUUGCUUGUCCAUCAGUUCGACUGGGAGCAUCUAAUCACUAUUGUAAGAGUGAAUACAAGUUAUGUAACUCCCCUGAUACAAUGAUUAGGAACUAUAGAUUAUACUUAUACUCUAAAAAAAGUUCAAUUUUCUCCUUGAAUCCUUAACGUGUCAAUGUAUUUUUUAGCAGUAUUGUCAUGUUGUAAAGGGUAUUGAAUACAAAUGUUGCAUUAUUUAUAGGUAAAGUUAAUGCCCUAUAAAUAUAUAAAGAUUUGAAAUAUUUUCUACUUCUUAAAUUUAUACUUGAUCUUGCCUAUUUAUAACUGAAGUCAAAGUCAUUUUUUUUUAACAUCAGAAUAAGUUGAUGUGUACGGCAAGCAAAUCUUUUUAAAGGGGAUCAGAACAUUUUAUUUUUGUGAUUAAAUUGUAAUCAGAGAUUAGAUUCUUAGAUUUUAUGAAUUAGACAUGAAUUUAACAGAGAUGUAUCUUCUUGCACUCAUUCCAAAGCAGUUUGUGGUUACUUUUUUUUUUACAUAACAUUCUGUGCUAGUUGUACCCUGUUUGAGAUUCAGAUGUAGAUAUAUUUAUUUUACCAAAGUAUCUUUCUUUUCAAACAUAUGUGGAUGAAAAUAAGUGAUAUGUGGCAUCAGUAUGCUCGAAAAGUGGUUGUAGAUAUUAUUCAUAAAAGAUAUUUGAUGUGUGUGUGAGACUGUUAAUGACAACAACUCAGGUUUACUUCUCAGUGUUUAUGAACUACAUUGUCUCACUUCAUUGUAUAUAAAUAAUUGGUACCAAAUCUAAGUGCCUUUCUAACUCUAAAUUUUCAUUUUGCCCCAUUGUUGGAAUAAUAAUAAUACCAACAUGCUUAU